CAUAAUUGUGUAUUGCAUUAUUAAAAUUCAUUCUGCACUAAGUAUAAAACAAUUUGAACUUUAGAACUCCACAACAGCAUGGCUGAUGUUUUAGAACUCGACAAUGCGGAAGAAUUUGAGGUAGACGACGAGGGUGACCGUUGAUUUUGGAAUUCAAGUUGGGAUUCAAAAGAAUUGGGACUGUAAAAUAUACUGAUCAAGAAGCGAUUUCUACAAAUUCUUCUUAUUAAUACUUCCUGAAACAACGAAAAUGUCCUCCAUCAACCCAAAGGUAGCUUUUAAAAAUUUAAACAAAAUAAGAAAAGAAGAAAAGAAAAAACGGAAAGAGCAGAAAUUGUUGAAAGCAGCAGUUGAAUAUGUGAAAGACAGCAAAGAAGUAGAAAAGCAAAGAGAUGAUUUUGAAGACAAUGGCGAUGGAAAAGUUACUCCUUCUCGGUUUCCACUUUACACAGUUAGUAUUGCAGUCCCAGGAUCUAUUUUAGACAAUGCUCAGACAUUAGAGUUACGUACUUAUCUUGCAGGUCAAGUAGCUAGGGCAGCCUGCAUAUACCGUAUUGAUGAAGUUAUAGUGUUUGAUGAUGGUAGCACACAACAAGAUGGUGUACACCGACCAAGUGAAAAUAGUUGUAUUCAAUUUGCAAAAUUGCUACAGUACUUGGAGUGUCCUCAAUACUUGCGGAAAUAUCUCUUCCCAAUGCAUAAUGACUUGCGAUAUGCUGGUUUACUCAACCCUCUUGACGCUCCUCACCACCUCAGGCAGUCAGAUGUGUUUCCUUACAGAGAAGGUGUAGUAUCCAACCAACCAGUUAAGAAAGGGAAAGGUUCCCUUGUUAAUGUUGGUCUGCUCAAAAAUGUGUGCGUGGAUAAAAUUCUUACCCCUGGUGUCAGGGUUACUGUCAAACUUCUCUCUCAAAAGGAGGAAACCAAGAAAAUGUAUGGUAGCGUAGUUCCUCCAUCCCAACCCAGGACUGAACUGGGAGUUUACUGGGGUUACGACGUUCGCAUCACUAAAUCCUUCAGUGAUAUUUUCACAAAGUCUCCGUACAAAGAAGGUUAUGAUUUUACAAUUGGCACCUCUGAUAAGGGGAGCCCUAUACAGGAGAGUGAUGAUUCUCAGUUCACUAAUUUUAAACACAUGUUGGUGGUUUUUGGAGGCCUGGAUGGUUUAGAGUCUGCUUUGGAAUGUGAUGAAAGCCUGACAGUGAGUGAUGUUUCACUGCUUUUUGACAAGUAUCUCAAUACUUGUCCCAGUCAAGGAUCAAGAACAAUUAGAACAGAAGAGGCUAUUUUGAUUUCCUUGGCUCAAAUCACAACUAAAAUCUCCAAGUUGCAUCGUUGAGGAAUUUAGUUAUUAGUUUUAUAUUAGCAGUUCUUGUUAAAUUCAUAUUAUUGGGUAAAAUAACCUUUGUUCAGAGUGUGAAGUUUGUUUUAAGAUGUUGUUAGAUUCCCAAGUAAAACGCUAUUAAAUUAUUUUUAUGUAUGCUA